CUCGACACUCAACGAUAGUAAGCGGUUCGGUACAGACCUAAGAAGAGGUCACCUCACCACAUGCCGGGGCAAAAUAUACGGUCCAGUCCGUAACCGCCGAGUCGUAGGGCCGAGAUGGCACCCGAGAAGCCCGAUGGAGCGAGCCAAGAGGGCGGAGCGCAAUCCGUUCUUCACAUAAGCCAGGACCAGGAACCCUACCGGUGCCGGCCCACAGCCGAUGAAGGCGGCUCUCGUGGGACUUCGCAACGGAGCCGGACUUACCGACGGCUGUUCUUAUGCUGCGCACUUCUGUUGACUUUGAUGGUCCAAGCAUGCCUUAUGCUUGGGAAAUUACCCGGGAACUCUACGAGAUGGACAUCUCCCUGGUCUAGGCUACCUGAGACAACACGCUGGCCGCAGCUAGAGACAGCAUCAGAUGACGGAGAUCUCUAUCUCAUCGGGGUUGGGAAAGCUGAUAUUACCGGACCUGUGGUCGAAGUCAACCUGAUGGGCUACGCAGACCCGAAGCAGGUGGGCGCAGGUCUGCGCCAGCGACUCUACUCACGAGCCUUCAUUAUCGGGAGUGUCGGCCGACCAGAGGAGAGAUUCGUCUAUCUGGUCCUGGACACGCAGUCGGGCGAUACAGCCGUCCGGUACGGCAUCCUGGAUAGCCUCAAGCAGCUUGGCCCUUCAUACGCCGUCUAUGGGCAUCACAAUGUCGCUGUCACGGGCACCCACUCGCACGCCGGACCCGCCGGCUGGCUGAACUACUUACUUCCUCAGAUCACCAGUAAGGGGUUUGAUCAUCAAGGAUACCGCGCGAUUGUCGAUGGCGCAAUCCUGUCCAUCCGGCGAGCCCAUGAAAGUCUACAGCCAGGUUAUUUAAGCAUUGGCACAACCAAGGUGCACGGGGCCAACAUCAACCGCAGCUUGUUCGCCUACCUUGCGAACCCCGAGCAAGAGCGGACCAAAUACAACAUCAGCGCCGAGGACGAUGGGUCUGUGGAGAAAGACCUGACCUUGCUUAAGUUCCAGCGUGCCUCGGACAGGAAGAACAUCGGCGUUCUCACUUGGUUUCCUACGCAUGGCACGUCGCUACUGGGCAAUAACACCUUGGUUGCUGGCGACAAUAAGGGAGUCGCCGCUUACCUUUUUGAGAAAAGUGCCCGUGACGACCCUACGGCGGCGGAGGAUUUCGUGGCCGGGUUUUCGCAGGCCAGUGUCGGCGAUACUAGCCCUAACGUCCUCGGCGCGUGGUGCGAAGACGGUUCGGGCCAGAUGUGCAGUUUCGAGAAUAGUACUUGCAGUGAUGGCAAGUCCCAGGCCUGCCACGGCAGAGGGCCAUUCUUCAGGGUGCAGGACAACGGAGCAAGCUCAUGCUUCGAGGUAGGGAAGCGCCAGUUUCAAGCAGCCCGGUCACUGUACGACAGGCUCCAGUCAGAGUCUACACCUGUACGCGCCGGGCCUGUCAGGUCAUUUCAUAGAUUCCACAACAUGUCUAGUUUCUCCUUUCUCCUUCCCAACGGUUCCAAAGUCCGAACAUGCCCCGCAGCGCUUGGAUAUUCUUUCGCCGCGGGUACCUCAGACGGCCCUGGCGCAUUCGACUUCACCCAGCACUCCGGCAACGAGAACACGACGUCGCCAGUCUGGAAGGUAGUCUCACGGCUCCUGAAGGAUGCAACGCCCGAACAGCGAGCAUGCCACAGCCCCAAGCCCAUCCUCCUGGACGUCGGCGAGGUGCACACCCCCUACGACUGGACACCCAACAUAGUCGAUGUGCAAGCCUUCCGCGUCGGCCAGCUGAUCAUCAUCGUCAGCCCGGGCGAAGCCAGCACCAUGGCCGGCCGACGGUGGAAACAAGCCGUCCGAGACGCCUCAGCCGUGCUCUUCCCAAGUGAAUUCCGAGCCCCCGGCCACCUAGCUCCUUCCCCCGUUGUCGUGCUCGGCGGCCCGGCAAACAGCUACACGCACUACAUCACCACCGAGGAGGAAUACGCGAUCCAGCGCUACGAAGGCGCUUCCACCCUCUACGGCCCGCACACCCUCGCGGCGUACAUCAACGUCACGCUCGGCUUCCUGCCUUACCUAGGAGCCAACGCACCCGCACCUCCGUCCCAUGAUGAUAUGGGCCUGUUCCCGCCGGACAACUCGAAUCGGUCGCUGUCCUUCAUCGGGCCGGUGGUGCGGGACGGGACGCCGCCGUUCAAGUCGUUCGGGGACGUGAUCACGGACGCGGAACGGGUCUAUCGCAAGGGAGAGCAGGUGCGAGUUGUGUUUGUCGGCGCCAAUCCGAGGAAUAACCUGCGGCUGGAGGGCACGUUUGCUGCAGUGGAGCAACUGGCCAUGCUCAGUAACGAGGAUGACGAUGCACAGCAGCAGCAGCAGCAACAGCAGGCAUGGGCGAGAGUGAGGGAUGACGGUGACUGGUCGCUGGUGUACAACUGGCGGAGGACGAGCGAGAUCUUGGGGACUAGCGAGGUCGAGAUUGUGUGGGUGACGGAGGACUGGGCGGAAACAGGGGUGUAUCGGAUUCGGUACUAUGGGGAUGCGAAGAGUUUGGGCGGGAAUAUCCAGGCGUUUGAGGGCGUUAGUUCCGCGUUUACAUUGCUGUGAGCAUAUAUCUGGAAGCUUAGGUUAUCUGGGAGGUCAGGGUUCAAGAGCAUUACUUUACUUUAUAGGUUUGGGAUAUACCUACGAGGGUUAUCGGUGGCGCGUUUUGGUAUAUUCUCAUGACUAACGCACUUUCAAGUAUUUGAUCUUACUCUGAUUUCAUGGUGUCUAUCUGACUUUAGAUUCAACAGGAAGAACUGAGCGGGAUUAUCAACAUUGAGAGUUAGUGUAAGCUGCAAGGUACUAGUAUGUAUUGACCUAUGUACAUACAUACAACCUCA